AUGACAACUACACCACCUCAAGGUUCAGCGAGUGUUCAAGCGCCGACGCCAUGUUAUGGAAUACAAAGCAAUUUACCAAUUCCGUCGCGAUUGAAUUUGGCAGGAAAUAUUUCAGAAAACUGGAAGAAGUGGAAGCAAGUGUGGGAUUCGUUCGAAAUCGCCUCACGUCUUAACCAGCAAGAAGAUAAAUACCGUGUAGCUACUUUCAUUACCUGCAUUGGAACCGAAGCCCUCGAAGUCUACAAUGGUCUUCCGUUCGAAAACGAAGAAGACAAGGACGUAAUGAAUACAGUUCUGGAGUUGAUGGAGAGGCAUUGCAUUGGCCAAACAAAUGUCAUUUACGAGCGAUACUGCUUCAAUAAUAGAAAACAAGAAAGCGGCGAAUCAUUUGACACGUAUCUCACAGCGCUCAAAACUCUCGCGAAAACGUGCAUUUUUGGUCCACUCACCGACGAAUUAAUUCGUGAUAGGAUCGUCUGUGGAAUUUGUGACACGGGAACUAGGAAGAAAUUACUACAAGAGCCCAAAUUAAAUCUUCAGAAGUGUAUCGAUGUAUGUCGAUCAGCCGAAACAACUGCAUCGCAAAUGAAAGUCAUGAGUGGAAGAGAAGAAGUCAACGCACUCAACCACAAAGAGAAAAAAGACGGCAGAGACGCCAGUCCUAAGUUAGUUAAUUGCAAAUACUGCGGCAGAAAACACGAGAGAUCAAGAGAUAAAUGCCCAGCGUUCGGAAAAGAAUGUGCGAAAUGCGGCAAAACAAAUCACUUCGCCAAGCUAUGUAAACAGAAACUUGGUGGGCGACAACGAAGAAAAGAACGGAUUCACCGAGUGCGAGACGCAAAAACUUCGCAGGAUUCGAGCGAUGAAGAGUACUGCUUCACGAUUUCAUCCCAAAAUCUGGAAGAACAAAGUGUCAAAAGUGUCAGUAGUCAACCCAUCAAAUCGAAAAUCUUCGCAACAAUGGAGAUCAAAGGUCAUCCCGUUCGUUUUCAAGUCGACAGUGGCGCCACCUGUAAUGUGAUAAGCAAAAACGAUUUACCGAACGAGUGCCCGAUCGCGCAUUCGAAACAAGUCCUCAGCAUGUUUAACGGAUCGAAAAUGGAAACCAUUGAAAAGACAGAAGCAAUGGGCCUAACGAUGCAACAAAUAGCAGCAGAUUUCCAUGACGUUUUCACUGGAGAAGGAAAAUUUGAGAAGAAACUUCACUUAGAGUUGGACACAACCAUUGAACCAGUGAAACAGCCGGUUAGAAGGAUUCCAGUGGCAAUGAAACCCAAGUUAAAGCAAGAGCUCACUCGUCUCGAAGAACUUGGUGUUAUCAAAGCAGUUGACACUCCAACAGAUUGGGUCUCAAGCUUGGUACUUGUUAAGAAGCCCAACGGCAAGCUUCGCGUGUGUAUCGACCCUCAGCCACUAAAUAAGGCUUUGAAACGCAGCCACUACCCUCUUCCGGUUAUCGACGAUCUCCUGCCGGACUUGUCAAAAGCUAAAGUCUUCAGUGUGUGUGACGUUAAAAACGGGUUUUGGCAUGUCGAGUUAGAUGAAGAUUCAAGCUAUCUAACAACGUUUGGCACUCCAUUUGGUCGGUACCGGUGGCUGAAGAUGCCAUUUGGCAUAUCACCCGCACCGGAAUAUUUCCAACAUCGUUUGGAUCAAGCCAUCGAAGGCCUUCCCGGUGUGCGCACAGUUGCAGACGACAUCCUCAUCUCGGGUGAAGGUGACACUGUGCAAGAAGCAGUGAAAGAUCACGACAAAAAACUGCUAACUCUACUUGAAAGGUGCCGCGAAAAGGGAGUGAAACUGAACAAGGAGAAGUUCAAGUUGAAGAUGACAGAAAUCCCCUACGUUGGUCAUGUGUUAACAAGAGAUGGACUAAAACCAGACCCAUCCAAAAUAGACGCCAUCAAAGGCAUGAGGCGACCAACAGAUGUGAAAGGUGUACAGCGGCUUGUUGGUCUAGCGAAUUACCUGACGAGAUUCUUAAAAAAGCUGGCAGACAUUUGCGAACCUCUGCGACAGCUAACGCGCAAGGAUGCAGAAUGGCACUGGAGCGACGUCCAUGAGAGCGCCUUUAAGAAGAUCAAAGAAGCAGCUUCCCAAGCACCUGUCCUCCGAUACUUUGAUCCCGCCAAAGAGACUGUACUUCAAUGCGACGCCUCGGACACUGGACUUGGAGCUACGCUUUUACAAAAUGGUCAGCCAGUGGCAUACGCAUCGCGAUCCCUGACGGAUACAGAACGCAACUAUGCGCAAAUAGAAAAAGAACUGCUAGCCAUAGUGUUUGGAGCCGAGAAGUUCAACCAAUACACUUAUGGUCGCAAAGUGAUCGUUGAGAGCGACCAUAAACCACUUGAAGUUAUUUACCGCAAACCUCUCGUGGCCGCCCCCAAGCGUCUACAACGAAUGCUACUUCGCCUGCAGAAGUAUAACCUCGAAAUUGGUUUCAAGCCAGGCCAGCGCAUGUAUCUGGCAGACACACUCUCUAGAGCACCCCUUCCCAACACCACAUCGCGCGAUGAAGUGCUAACCAUCGACAAAGAAGUUGAAGAAAUACAUAUGGUCGAGUUUCUGCCACUCCGCAAAGCUAGCCUAGACGAUAUCCGUAAAGAAAGUCUGCGAGACAGCAUGAUGCAAGCACUUCAGAAAGUCAUUCGAGAAGGGUGGCCUGAGACCAAGAUUGAUCUCCCAAAUGACGUCACGCCAUACUUCAACGUUCGUGACGAGCUAUCAGCGCAAGAUGGAAUUAUCUUCAAAGGAGACAGAUGUGUAGUUCCAAAAUCCCUCAGACCAGAAGUCCUAUCCAGAAUCCACCGAUCACAUAUUGGCGUGGAAGGAUGCUUGAGACGCGCGAGAGAAAGCGUUUUCUGGCCAGGAAUGAACACAGCUGUGAAGAACUUUGUCAGACAGUGUGAAACUUGUCGAACCUUUGAGAUCUCCCAGCAGAAGGAAACACUCCACCCACAUGAGGUACCUGACCGGCCAUGGUCCAAGGUUGGUGUUGAUCUGUUUGAGACAAACAACCGACAUUACCUCGUGACCGUAGAUUACCACAGCAACUACUGGGAAGUCGAUAGGUUGGAGUCCAGUACAACAUCUAAAGCUGUUAUUUACAAAUUGAAGCAACACUUUGCAAGGCAUGGCAUCCCGAACACUGUGUUUUCCGACAAUGGGCCACAGUUUGAUUCGGACGAAUUCAGGAGAUUUGCUCGAGAUUGGGAAUUCAAUCAUUUAACCUCAAGUCCCGGACAUUCGCAGUCCAAUGGUAUGGCGGAAAGCGCAGUCAAGACUGUGAAAAGGCUUAUUAAGAAGGCUAACAAAGAUGGAACAGAUCCUUGGCUCGCGAUCCUCGACCACCGAAACACACCCACAGAAGGCAUGAAAAGCAGUCCAGCACAACGACUAAUGAGUCGUCGAACAAGGACCCUACUCCCAACAAGCGAGAAGCUCCUUAAACCCAAACUCGCCGAAAAUGUCCAAGAAGGAAAAUGGAAGACAAGAACCAAGCAGGCAUUUUACUACAAUAGAAACGCUCGAGAUUUGCCACCACUGAAAACUGGAGACUCAGUGCGCAUUCAGCCCACAAGCAACCCCAAGGCGCCCUGGAAGAAAGCCACUGUUCAGGAACAGGUGAACAUGCGAUCCUACAAAGUCCUCACAGAAGAUGGCUCUGCCCUUAGACGAAAUAGAAGGCAUCUGAAAGCAACUACAAAAGAGUCUCACACGCCAACAACCCAGAUGCCCAAGCAGACAGAACUUCCCUCGCCAUCUAAACACAUUGAACAAGAAACUAACGCCAGUGGUCACUCCAGCUCAGAAGUAGCGAAGCCACAGGAGCCAGCGAUCGAGCAGCCUGCGACUGAUCUAGCAUCGCAAGCUUCCAAAGGCAACCAGACUCGCAGUGGUCGAAUAACGAAGCCCCCGUCCUAUCUGAAAGACUUUGUUCGUUAA